GCACUCCGCUUCGGCGUCCAGAUAGGCGAGAUCAGCGUUCAGCAGCAGCUGAUACUACCACUCAAUGAGCGGAGAGAUAUGAUGGAGCAGGGACCCAUCAUAGAUUGGUACAUCGGCGACACGCACGUCUACAAGCGCACCACACGAACCCUGCUCUUUGCGGUCUGCCCAGACGUUGGUAGACAUAUGAAGCCACCGAAUGGCCGAUUUGUGAUUCGACUGCCGCAAGGCUUCAGUAACGUGCUGGCAGUCAAGCUCAUUGUGUAGUACAUGGAGCCAUAUGUGCUCAGUCCCAGAGUUCGCACCGCACCGUGGAAAGUUAAAGCUGACGUUGCCACGUACAUCUACCUAGCCGAGUUGUUCGCGUUCAUUGGCAUGCCAGAUGCCAGCCGCCAUCUCGAAGAGGCAAUUUUCCGGCGGUUUCAGGAGUCACCUUUGCAGGUCGAGCAGAUUCGUGCCAUCCGAGGCCGCGACAACCAUGUCCAGCCAUCAAGGUAUGCGGAGGCUAUGACCGACAAAAUCGUUACCUUAAUGUGCGUACCGAAACUACAUCUCUUCGCCACCAAACACCACAUUGAACCUAAGGAGACAUACGAGGAGGUAGUCAAAAAGACGACGAAGCGUAUGAAGGCCACGUUUCCGGAGAAGGAAGGGUUCGUCAGUCGCCAGACGUCAGUGAAACACUCAAUUGACCAGGACUGUAGGCGCAAUAACCUACGAGUAUGAUACGAGACGGCGCUCCUGGAACGACUUCUAGCGGCACCUAUGAACGUAGCGCUGAAGCAGCUGGUGUAGACAGCCCACAGUCGGGCGCCAACCGAGCCUGCAAACUUUGCCGAGUGGGUCGAGA